GCUUCAACGUCUGGCAUAUAUAUGCUUGUUCACAAACAAUAAUACCAUCGAUCACCAAACAGGUAUGGCUGGAGAAAAGAGCAAGAUACUGAUAAUUGGAAGCACUGGCCAUCUAGGCCAGUACAUGGUGAAGGCAAGCGUUUCUUUGGGACAUCCAACCUACGCUUAUGUGCGACCAAUCAAGCCUACCACCGAUUCUUCAAAGCUUCAGUUGCACAAGGAGUUUGAAGCCAUGGGACUCACUCUUUUUCAAGGUGAACUGGAUGAUCAUGAAAAGCUAGUGCGGGCACUUAAACUAGUUGACAUUGUAAUUUCUACUUUGGCUAUUCCUCAACAUCUUGAACAGCUCAAAAUUAUCGAGGCUAUCAAAGAAGCUGGAAAUAUAAAGAGAUUCUUUCCUUCAGAAUUCGGAUUUGAAGCAGAUAGAGCAAGUGGGCUGCCACCUUUAGAGGCUAUACAUGUGAAUAGAAGGAAGAUUAGAAGGGCAACAGAAGCAGCAGGAAUUUCCUACACUUACGUGUCUGCAAACACUUUUGCUUCUUACUUUGUUGAUUAUUUACUUCACCCUCAUGAGAAACGCGAGGAAGUAAUUGUUUAUGGCAGUGGUGAAGCUAAGGCCGUUUUAAACUAUGAGGAAGAUGUGGCAGCUUACACCAUAAGAGCAGCAACAGAUCCGACGGCAGCCAACCGGAUCGUGAUUUGUAGACCGCAAGGAAACAUUGUAUCUCAGUUGGAGUUGAUAUCAGCAUGGGAGAAAAAGACAGGACGCACUCUUAAAAGGAUCCAUGUCCCAGAACAAGAAACUAUAGAGCUCUCUAAGACCCUCCCUCACCCAGACAACGUACGUGUAUCGAUCCUUCACAGCAUAUUCAUCAAGGGGGAACAGAUGAACUUUGAACUCACAGACAACGACCUCGAGGCCUCCAAGUUAUAUCCCGAUUACAAGAACACUUCCAUUGAUAGCUACCUUGACAUUUGCUUGGUUGAUCCUCCCAGGAUCAAAUUAGCAGCGUUGUAAUCAGUUUUUAUGGCAUUUGGUGGAAGAAUUGAUAUGCGCUUUAUUGCUUAUUUGGAUUUUGUAAUCAUAAUCCUAGAACAGGCUAAGAGUUAUAAUUUUAUUGAUAUUGUAAUUCACUUUUAA